AUGCUACAGCAAGAUUUUAGUGAGAUGUCCGACUUUUCUGCCCGCUCUUCGGCGUAUCCUCCAUCGCCACCUGCGGAUUAUUCUAUGAUGUCUGAAGACAUGGACGACUACGCCUCAGAGCAAGAUCCCACAGAGCAGGAGGUGAGCAUUGAGAAUCCGGAUGAUGUUCCAGCUCACGAUUUCUUCUUCGAUUCCCAGAAGGUGCUCAGUCUCAACAGCAAUAACUUCAGCACAUUUCUCACCCGCAAGGACGCAUCUUUGGUCAUGUUCUACAAUGAGCGCUUCCCGGAGAGCCAAGUAUUUCAGACAAUAUUUUCAGAGGCUGCCAACAACACCAAGCGGGAGAACAGCGCCUUUGCUGGUGUCGACUGUGCAGCCAACGCUAAACUCUGCGUCGCCAACGGCGCCAUCAAACUGCCCAUGAUGCGGCUAUACUCCAAGAAUUACUGCAUCGGCGAGAUGAAGUCAAUCAAAGGUCUCAGCGCAGACGUGUUGCGACAGUUUGUAGAGAUGGCGCCAAUGAUGGAUUCAUGCCGUAUGAAGACUUGCACUCGCAAAAAGGAGAACACAUGUUAG